GCGGUCGAAGCGCCUUCCGGAGGCCGCCGAACUGCGUUUCUUUCCCCAUCUGUAGCUUUCAGAGUGCCCCGAGCGAGCUUCAGAGAGGCCGCCGCCACUGCAGGCGCGUUUUCCUGCAGCUCUGACACCUCCCGGUGUCCAGCGACUCCGGCCCUUGCCCUUUAACCCUGCCUUCGCGGUGGGGUGAGAGGUCGGUGGCCAUCUUGUGGCGGCGGCGCGGGCGGCUGUUACUGCGGAGACCCAUCCCCCCACCCCCUGGCCCGCCUAGCCGUCUGUCAGUCAGUAAAGAGUCCCCCAGGCGGUCAGGUGAGGCCCCGGCCUCGUGCCGUCGCUCUUCCCGCCGCACUGGGCGGCCCAGGCCGCUCCCUGCCGGGCCUCACCGCCGCCACCAUGUCCUCCUUCUCGGAGUCGGCGCUGGAGAAGAAGCUCUCGGAGUUGAGCAACUCUCAGCAGAGCGUGCAGACCCUGUCCCUGUGGCUCAUCCACCACCGCAAGCACGCGGGACCCAUCGUCUCGGUGUGGCACCGCGAGCUCCGCAAAGCCAAAUCAAAUAGGAAGCUUACUUUUUUGUACUUAGCAAAUGAUGUCAUCCAAAACAGUAAGAGGAAAGGACCUGAGUUCACUAGAGAAUUUGAAUCUGUCCUUGUGGAUGCUUUUUCUCAUGUUGCCAGAGAGGCAGAUGAAGGCUGUAAAAAACCUUUAGAAAGAUUGCUGAACAUCUGGCAAGAAAGAAGUGUGUAUGGCGGCGAGUUCAUACAGCAGCUGAAGCUGUCUAUGGAGGACUCCAAGAGCCCUCCCCCCAAAGCAACAGAGGAGAAGAAAUCUCUGAAGCGAACUUUUCAGCAGAUACAAGAGGAGGAGGAUGACGACUAUCCUGGAAGCUACUCUCCCCAAGAUCCUUCUGCAGGACCCCUGCUGACUGAGGAACUAAUCAAAGCUUUACAGGACCUGGAAAAUGCCGCAUCAGGGGAUGCUACGGUCCGACAGAAAAUUGCUUCUUUGCCCCAGGAAGUGCAAGAUGUUUCUCUCUUAGAAAAAAUAACAGACAAAGAGGCAGCUGAACGUCUUUCGAAAACAGUAGAUGAAGCAUGUCUGUUACUAGCAGAAUAUAACGGGCGCCUGGCAGCAGAACUUGAAGACCGGCGCCAGCUGGCUCGGAUGUUGGUGGAGUACACCCAGAACCAGAAAGAUGUUUUGUCAGAAAAGGAGAAAAAACUAGAAAUGUUACAUUUUUUACAAAUCGAAGGCAAGACCCUCCACCAGCAAAAAGAUGAUGACUCAUUUUAUUGUGGUCUGGAACUCCACCCGCAAUAUCUUCUGAGGAAUACAAACAGAAGCUCGCUCGGGUAACCCAGGUCCGCAAGGAACUGAAGUCCCACAUUCAGAGCCUGCCAGACCUCUCCCUGCUGCCCAAUGUCACCGGGGGCUUGGCCCCUCUGCCCUCUGCUGGUGAUCUGUUUUCUACUGACUAGGGCAGGUGUUGUGCCCAGAUUCCCAUCUCUACCAGCAGAAAGAAGAGGGCAGGUCACGGGUGGAAAUAACCUCACAGCCCAGGUUCUAUCCCUCCUUCCACCCAAGUCCCCCGGCCUCCCAGCCUCCAGAAAGAACCACAGACUGAUUCUCCUCUCCGGCCUCUGCUGAGCGCAGUUCAGAACAGUGGCGAGUGGAUAUUUGGAAAGAAUACAAACUCCCACUUCGUGUUUUUAUGCCACUGUUGAUUUUCCAUUCUUAGCUCUCUCUUUACACCCAAGAUCUUAUGAAAAUCACGUGUGCUUCUGGAAGGUUUCAGAAGAAUCUUGUCCCUGAUGACAGCAUUGUGUCAUGAAAGCAGCUUCUCCUAUCUGAGCUGGGCUUGUUCAAGUUCAGUCCAGGCUUCUCCUGAGGGAUUCUGGAAUCGUUGGCUUUCCUGACUACCAUCCGCCCAAAGGGUGGAGGCACACCAUGGAGCAGCUUUGCCAUAAGGAGUUUGCCAAAUUUGGUUCUCCCUUACCAUUACUUCUAGCCAUGUCCAGUCAGAGGCUAGGUGCAUUUGUUUUGUAAGCAGACUAGAGAAUGUAGAGUAAGAUUUAAAGCUGAUCUGGGGCAUAAAGUCAGUUCAGAGACAGUCACAGGAAUCACACGUAUGAGUUCAAAAUUCUUUGCUUCAGGUUCCUACACACAGCCUUCCCGGCUCCCUUAUCGAGUGUCCCACUCCCUGUCACAGAGCUCCUUCUUAAAAACACAAUGUUUUGAACAUAAUUGGUUGUGAAGGCGAUUGUUAGAAAUGGCGCUGGUGGGCCCCAAAGGCUAAAGGCAUGCUGAGAGUCGGCUCUGCGUGGGUGUUGCUCUGACCCUUUCUUUGGGGGAGUCGGGCCUCGGUCACUGUGGGCGCAUGGCCUCAGUAUGAUGACUAAACUUGAAUGUCUCCCUCGCAAAAAAGACACUGUGCGUGUUCAUCCAUCCGUCAGUUCACGCCACUGCACGUGUCCUUGUGCUCGUAGGAGGAGGGGUACUUUGCAUCAGACGUUAUCGAAUAGUCAUCUCGGGCAGGGGAGGGAGGGCAGUCAGGGACAUUAAUUUGGGGUUUUAAUUCUAUUAUCAUGCCAGCUGACAUUACAACUACAUAAUGUAGUUAGGAUUUUUACCUUGCUUUUAGUAACGGUUAGGCCUGCUAACUAAAUCAUUCUAAUUUGGCAGGCUUAUUUCUGACAUUGGAAAUGGCAGAAAACAAUUUGCCCCAAUUGUGUAUUAGGAAUUAUAGCCCAGAGGCUGAAACCCAAAAGCUAUAAAAGGAUUCAGCGGAGGGGGCUUCAGAAUCUCCAUUAUUUUGAGUUGUUCUUUUCAGGAUUACCAAAAAGCCAGAUACAUGUAAUUUUACAUGUUAAACAUGUUAAAACAUAACCUAUGUUUUAAAAAGUGUAACGGGCUUCCCUUGAGGGAGCCCUCCUGCCUGCCAUGAAGUGAGAAAAAUGGAAAGUCAUAGCAGGUAUUGAUUCAGUUUAACUCUGUAGAACCUACUAGCAUUUAAGCUCCUUCAGAUUUGAAUAUGGACUGUGUGGACUGUUUGCUUAUUGACACUGCCUGUUGUCCUGUCAUUACUAAAUUAAUGAGUCUAUAUAAAGUUUUCUCCCAGAGGCCAUAGGGCAGUGGGUGACUUUACUAAAAUUGAAAGAUGGAAUUCCAGUCUUUCCUGUUUCUGCAUAUAUACCCUCUCCCUGUGUGGCGUGCUGCUUUAGUCCUACUUACAAGCUUGUUUCUCAACAGACCCUUGGACAUUCUCUGUACUUUCACCAAGGAAGCAGAAUUUUACUAGCCACAAACCAAGCAAAAGGGUACAGUAGAUAUUUGCUCCCAUCAGCUAGAGGAAAUGUUAGGACGUAAUGGAUUUCACCCCCUGCCAUGUUUUACCUGAUUGAGUCUUUGACCAGCAAUUGGUACAUAAUUAUUAUUACAGCAAGAGCAAGAAAUAAAGCUAGCAAUUAUGUAAAUGAAUGGGUUGGCCUCUUAACACCUGUUACUAGUGGACUUCCUGUGAGGAAGUUAGUUUUGUUUUUUCUGUUUUUUAAUGAAAUGCUUUUGUUUUUUAAAUCUUAAUCCUCCCACAUCCUCCCCAAGUGUGCUUACUUCAUUUGUUUAAUUUAAGUGAACCUUUCUCCUUGUAUGUAUGAGGUGAUCUGGCGGGGUGGGGUGGGUGGUUUUUGUUUUGUGUUUUUUCAUCUUUACUGAGGGCAUCCAUCGGGCGUCCAUAGGCCUCAAAGGACCUUUCCUUUAGGUCAUAUUCCUCAGAAAGUCUUUAAUCGUCCCCCUUUUUUUCUUAAAGAAUAUUUUUAAAGCUUAAAUUUGUAUAUUAAUUUAGGACUUUAUUUAGAAGUAUAGGCUGUCAUUGGUGGCAGCAGUAUAUUCUGAAAUGUCUCAUAGAUAUAUAUUUUUGAAUAAAGAUGGUGUUGUUGACUGACA